GGAAAUUAUUACAUACAGCAGCCAUUGGUUUCUGCCGUACUGGCGCGGUUUUGUGAAGUUGAGUUGUCCUUUUGGAGCGAUUGUGCCACAAACUACAAUCAAAAUUGUAGAGACUCAAAUGUCCGAUCAGACAUUUAACUGACAUGAAUGAUAUUAAUGGCAACAGGCGGGAUUGUUGAUAUAAACGGCAUAUGUUGGCGAUGUCGAUAACGCUGUCCGUUAGCAGACAAGCUAGAGGCGCGCUCUGCGCUGGCAGAAGACACAGUCUCUCCUUUCACUCAGAAUCUUGAAGAUGAGUUUUGCCAGAGAAAUCAAGCAGCUACAAAAAGCAAAGAGCAAGGCCCAGAACAAUAACAACCUGAGAGAGGAAGCAAGUAUCUGCAAUCAGCUGGGAGAACUGCUGUCUAAAAGUGGUGAUUAUGAGGCUGCCAUUCAGGAGCACCAACAGGAGCUGUCCCUAUCUGAGGUGCUCAAUGAUGUGAUAGGUCGAGCUGUCGCUAAUCGGAAAAUAGGAGAAUGCUACGCUGAAUUGGGAAAUAUUGACGCUGCUCUAAGGUAUCAGAGGCGUCACUUGGAUCUGGCCCGUUCUGUCUCAGAUCAUGCAGAAGAACAAAGAGCUCUUGCUACAAUUGGCCGCACUUAUUUAUUCCGUUUUGAGUCUGACCAAUCAAGAAGCAGUUUGGAACAAGCUGAGGAUGCUUUUAAGAAGAGUCUUGCCAUUGUUAAUGACCGCCUUGAAGGGAUGGUGCCAGAGCGGGAGCUUUGUGAGAUGAAAGCACGUCUCUUCCUGAAUCUUGGUCUGGUUUGUGAUAAUCUGGGAGAGCCCAAACGCUGCAGUGAAUUUAUAAGGCGCAGUGUGUUCAUUGCAGAGAAGAGCCAACUCCUUGAAGAUCUCUAUCGGGCCAAUUUUAACCUGGGAAAUAUUUACUUCCGCAAUGGACAAGCCUCAAAUGCAGUGCGCUGCUUAGAACAAGCCAAGGAAUGUGCCAGGAAAAUAAAAGAGAAGCUUAGUGAAAGCGAGUGUUUUCACUGCAUUGGCAAGGUGCAGCUGUCUCUAGGGGAUUUUGUGGCUGCCAGACGCUCUUUAAAGAAAGCUUUGCAGCUGGGAUCCCAGCAGCAAACAGACAAACAGGCAGUGAAGAAAGCAUUCAAAUAUGCGGACAAAGGGUGUAAACUGGAGGAGGAAUUAGGAGAAGACCAGGGCAGACGACUCAGCCCACAUCAGGCUGUGGAACUGACAGAGCAGUUGGGAGAUCUCUACUGUAAAGUGGGCUGCUACAGUAAAGCCUUGGAUGCUUAUCAGGCCCAAUUGACUGGUGCAGAGGCAAUGGGGAAGGCUUCUCGAGAGCUGGCUGUGAUCCAUGUUUCACUGGCUGCGACCUACACAGAUCUAAAACAGUACAGCAAAGCAGUGGAGCACUACAGACAGGAGCUCAUGCUGAGAGCAGGCAGCGCCUCAGAGGAAUGCAGUACAUGGCAGAACAUUGCAGCAGUUCAGGAGGAGGGUGGCUGUGACUUCAAUGACGUAGACCACAGUUUCAGUAAAGCACUGGAGUGUGCUCAGAAGACAGGACAUGCCAGGAUACAGAAACGUGUGUUGAGGCGCUGGCUUUCAUAUCAGCGACGAAACGGCUCUGCCAAAUGUGCGGACACCGAGGCCCAUCUGCAGGAGCUGUGUGCUGCAGAGGGCUGGAACCCACACGAUAGUGAGGGAGAGGAGGAUGAAGAGGAGGACAUGGACAAUAGUGAGCCUCUGGAGGACAGUGACGUCAUCCUCUCUGACUCAGAUGAUGAUCUGGAAGGGUAUGACAAGAUGGUGACAGGAAAAAGGAAGAGUGGACGAUGGAACAAGCGCAAUGAGAAGGGUGAGACCUCUCUUCAUAGAGCCUGUAUAGAUGGAAACCUGAAGCAGGUCCAGUACCUUAUUGAUCAGGGUCAUCCAGUGAAUCCCAGAGACUACUGUGGCUGGACUCCCCUGCACGAAGCCUCUAACCAUGGACACUACGACGUAGUAGCAGUGCUGUUAGAUCGCGGGGCCUACAUUAAUGACCCCGGGGGACCUCUGUGUGAGGGGGUCACUCCUCUACAUGAUGCUCUGGCUUGUGGAAACUUGGCUGUGGCUCGGCUCUUAAUAGAAAGAGGAGCAUCUGUGACUUUAUGCAACUCAAAGGGAGAGUCAGCCAUGGACACCUUUUGUAAGUGGCAAAGGACAUACAGCAGGGAGCUGGACAGAGAAACCAAGCAUGAGUGUGCUGUUACAGAGAGACUACUGAGGAAAGCACUGGCAGGAUUAGUGACUCCUGCCUCUGUUCCUGCCAAGCCUCUGGAUGCCUUAAAGGAUAGCCAGCUGUUUGACGCAGAGAACUCUGAGCCCCUCACCUCUUCCAGUCAGGACCAGAUCCCUGGCAGCAGGGCCUCACAGGGACACUCAGCAGCCAGCACGCCAGCACUCACCAAACCAGCACGCAGCAACAGCUCACAGCAGAGACAGCACAGGCACCGGGCCAGAGGGACAGAUGCUCUGCUUUUCUACGGGACUAACAGCAGCUCUUCAGAUGACAGUGACACAGAUGCUCCUGUGAGCCCUCUGCGCCCUGUGCGGCCCAGACACAAUGGGAUCCCAGCACCCUCCAGUCAGAGAGAAGCUCCCAACAAAAAUGAUCUCAGCUCAACAUUAAACUCCACUCAGGACAGCAUAAGAGACACUCCCGCCCCUUCUGUGUUUGAGCGAGAGGAGUACCACAGCGCCAUCCGGAGCCUGGGAAGCGCCAAGUCUCGUCUGCACAGUUCAUCACAGUUCUCCAGCGCCCCAGCCCCAUCUACCAGCAACAGGUCCGCUCUUGUGCCCGAGGAGGAGUAUGUAGCUGAUGACUGGCUGGAGGAUGACAUGGGAGAUAUUCAACCCAAGAAGAAGAGGAGGCUUCAGGUGGAACAGAGCGGGUCAAGAGCAGAGAGCAGUGUGUCGACGGGCAGAAGCCAAAUCAGACACACACAUUCAGAGCACACAAGCAGAGUUCUGCCCUCCUCCAGCAGGGGUGUCUCUGUGAAAAAGAGCAGCUCUGUGAAGCCGCAGCAGGUGAAGAUGACACAGAUCCCUGGAAUGGUGAGACUGGGGCGCAGAGAGGUCAGCCGCUGUCCCAGCCCCAACAUCACUGAUGAAGAGGACGUGAGGGCCCUGACUCCUCCCCUUCCUCCUCCUCCUCCACACAUGUACUCACAGCCUCAAAACCACACUCUGCCUCCACCAAUCCGAAUGAGGGUCAGAGUUCAGGAGGAUGUCUUCCUUAUCCCUGUGCCACAAAGUGAGGCGGACUCGUGCACUGUGGCGUGGCUAUGUGAACAAGCAGCCCAGAGGUUCUACCAGAAGUGUGGCCUGCUGCCUCGCCUCCAGCUGCAGAAAGAGGGCGCUCUCCUCUCACCACAGGACCCACUGCUCGCCGUGCUACACACAAACGAAGAGGUCCUGGCUGAGGUUUGCUCGUGGGAUCUACCUUCCCUACCAGAGCGAUAUAAAAAGGCUUGUCAGAGUCUGGCAGUGGAGGAGAACCGCCGCGUGAGCCGGCUGUGUGAAGUGCAGGACGGGGGCUCCUGUGUGUCAGUGUGCAGUCUGAGCUUGGCGCCCUCCUCUCUCACCCCCCUCCUGCGGGCGCUCAAACUGCAGACCAGCCUCACCGAGCUCCGCCUCUCGGGGAACUGUCUCCACGACGACCUACUGCCCGAGCUCGUGGCCACCGCCGUCACCAUGCCCCGACUGCGGCUGCUGGACGUGUCAGCCAAUCACAUCACGGGGGCGGGGCUGGAGAAGGCCGUCGCCGCUCUGAAGGGCCACAGUCAUCCUGCUUUUCCUUGCCUUGAGGAGCUUGACCUGAGUUUUAACAUUCUGGGCGACGGCGUAUCCGAGCCUCUGUCCUGCCUGCUGAGCUGCUGCCCUCUGCUGGUCAGACUGUCCCUGCAGGCGUGUGGUCUGACUGCACGCUUUCUGCAGCAGCACCGGCUCAUGCUGGCCCAAGCGCUUGCAGGUAUGGGCCAUCUGAAGUCUCUCUGCCUUUCCCACAAUGCAAUGGGCUCCACUGGCUUUGAGCUGGUGUUAAAGACAGUACCUCUACACAGCCUCACUUAUCUGGACCUAUCGGCGGUGCACAGUGGGCCAGCCGAUCACCCAGCUCUGGAGCAGCUUGCCAAACUCCUGUCCCAGAAUGAGUGUCCUCUGACUCAUUUACACCUGGGAUCAAAUGGGCUGACUGACAACAGUGUGGUCUCUUUGGCUAGGUGCCUGGUUUCGUGUCCAUCUCUGGUGAACUUGAAUCUCUCAGGAAACCCCUCUAUCACCUCAGCUGGCCUCUACCACAUCCUGGCUUCUUUGAAGGAGGCGGGGCGCUCACUGAACCACCUUAACCUGCAGGGCUGUCAGGUGAGCGGGCCCUGGGACAGCACUGGUCUGGACGGUUUGACAGAUCUGGUCCGGGACAUGAGGCUCUGUUCUCUCUCGCUCAACAAACUAGACAGAGAAGCCCUCAGACACCACUGGGACACACAGGGACGCUUUGUGGACAGGAACGCCAAGUGUCUCAUGACCACACUGUCUACAACUUAAGACUAAUGUGAGUUACUACAUUGUACAGUGUAGCUUUCAGUCCUCUUUUUUAAGUCUUUACCAGAAUUCUUCAGUUUUGAUGUAGUUUUUUUUAACCAAACUUCUUACUGUGAUGUCUGUGUACCUAUUUAUGUGUCCAUGUGAAAUCAUGUGGAAAUGUUAUGUACUUCUGUUGUGAUAUUUGUGGUCUUAUUUUACUGAGUCUGUCUUGGAUCAAAAAUAUUAAAGUAUGUAAAAUGUAUAAUCGUCUCAACUUGGCAUGGAAUAAAAGUUUGCUGAUUUGUGCUGUUAAAGAAGUCACACUCAGUAUUG